AUGUCGCUCGGGAAACAGCCCACAGAUCAUAUAAAAAGGCCGAUGAAUGCAUUCAUGGUGUGGUCUAGGGGACAGAGACGUAAGAUGGCACAAGACAAUCCAAAAAUGCACAAUUCAGAAAUUUCCAAACGUUUGGGGGCGGAGUGGAAACUUCUCACGGAGAUGGAAAAGCGGCCGUUCAUAGAUGAAGCGAAGAGAUUAAGAGCCCUUCACAUGAAAGAACACCCUGACUACAAAUACCGGCCAAGACGAAAGCCUAAAGCGUUAGUCAAGAAAGAGCCCAAAUUCGGGUUCAAUAUCUCCGGGCUGAUGGCACCAGUACCACGCCUGGUGACACCACUACCACAGCCAGUGCCUCAGCUACCUGUACCUCACCACCUGCUACAGGAUAAACCAGAUUUGGGGAGGCUCUUCCCCCCACUGCCUUAUCCGUUCUAUCCAUUCGCCAAGAUCCCGUCUGACGAUGGAAAAUUGGCGGCAGAGUUAGCGCAUUUACAGGCACUAUACGGCGGGGCCCUAUACAGCAGUGCCCUGUACAACAGCGCAUUGUCCCCCUGCGGCUGUCCCCCGCGCCGCACCCCCUCCCCUCCCCCGGACGUGAAGCGACCAGUCGCUUACAUCCUCAUGAAGGACGAGGAACCACCUCAGCACGUUAUAUGA